AUGUCUACGAUGCCACAAAUCCUUCCGUCAAUCAGCGGUUCCGAUUCGCAUCCUCAACAAUUGCGGUGGCUGAUGAGGAGGUGUGCCCAAUCGGCGGCGAUCGGAGAUGGAUCGAGCACUUCGUUUGCUCCGUCUGAGUUAGGGUUUCACGAGCCACGGAGGAGCGUGGUCACGAGCUGUCGAGCGAUUUUACUGCCGCAGUUCGGUGGGGCGGAGGUUCUGGAGCUCAGAGAAAAUGUUGGUGUGCCUGAUCUCAAGCCUCAUGAAGUCCUCGUGCGGAUGCGCAAAAGGGUGCCAUCAGAAGUACAAAGCCAGCCAAAAAUGACCAAUUCAGCUCCAAAUUCAAUGAAUAAAACCGUGCUAAAAACAGCGCCUGCCCAUAUACAAGAAAUGGUGCUAGCAUGGAAGGAAGAAUACUUGGAUCUUAUCCUAGUCCCAAGUGGUCUCAUCAUCUUUUUUGGCUACCAUCUCUUUCACCUUCACAAAUGCCUCAACUGCCCCGAGACCACGGUCAUCGGCUACGAAAACCACAACCGGCGGGCUUGGGUAGCACGAAUCUUGCAGGUCGAGCCAAAGGAGAGAGGCCAAGCGAUUUCCAUCAUAAGCUCCAACAUAUCGGCCGCCACGUCACUAGCCUCAAUCUCCCUUGCAUUGAGUUCGCUUAUUGGCGCGUGGAUCGGGAGCUCGUACCACAAUGAAUACCUAACCGACACGGUGUACGGAAACACGAGCCCCACGGUUGCUUACCUCAAGUACGUGUCACUACUCGCGUGCUUCAUGGUAGCCUUCGCGUGUUUUGUCCAAACGGCUAGGUGUUUCGUGCACGCCAAUUUCCUCAUAAGCAUGCCGAAUUGCGAGAUGCCCGUGGAAAACGUCGAGGGCGCGGUUAUUAAAGAUAGCAACUUUUGGGUUGUCGGUUUGAGGUCUCUCUAUUUCGCGACGAAUUUGUUGUUCUGGAUUUUUGGGCCGAUCCCAAUGUUUGUUUGCUCGGUGGUCUCUGUCGUGGUUCUGCAGUUUCUGGAUCGGAACGCGGCCCCACUGCCUCGGUUUGGUGAUAGGUCGCUCGUGAGGUAUGAGGAAUUCGAGAAGUUUGGCAAGAAAGUGCGUGAAGUUGUUGGGAAUGACGAGCAUUAUCGUGAGGAGUUGAUGACUAGUCCGAAUGGGGCUUCGAUCUUUCGGAAACAAUGAGGGUCGGGUUUUUGAAGAAAGUACGAACGAAUCGUCCCCUUGUAGAUGUAAUGUUUUGAUAUUCUAUAGUUUGUAAUGCAAUAAAGGCGCAAGGUGAACUUACGACGCGCCAUUAUUAGUUACGGUACGACAAAACAAAAUAUUUUCGCAAAAUGUACGAAAUCAUCGUAUGACAACUCUUUACUCCUUUCGUGCGAGGGCUCCCGUUCGCUUGAAUUGUCUAGAGAAGCAAACGUUGUGUAGCAAUACACUAUUCGAACCACCAAUCACGUAUAAUAAAUAAACACAUGUUUGAUUUAAACCGUCUAAUACAUCACCCCAACCAAAUUAACCCUAAGAAACAAAUGCCCAUCAUGAGAAAAUAGCAAGUAACUUUACCAAUUGACCAAAGACUGUCUGCUACACUUGUAGCUACACAAUAUUAUAUCAUAAUAUGAUCAUAUUAUUCACGCAACAUAGAAAUUUCAAAUGCACAAACAUUACAAAUCAGAGUUUCUUAGUGAUCAAAUCACUUGUUAUUCUAAAGUCAAUUUCAAUAACGUAACACAUAAAGUAGUAAACAAACUAUGCUAUACCUAUAGGUUAGCAUUGAGUAGAGUACGUACUGCCCAUCCCAUAUUCCACUUCAUAUUAUACACAUGUCAUUCAUUCAGUUUAACUGAAAAGAUUGGACAUAAUCGUGGAAUAGGAAUAACUAGCUUUCCUGACGCGCGUUUGAAGCCACGGCUCGAGCCCAGAACUUGAUUUGUGCCUUGAUGUCCUCCGCUGAUUUCUUACCGUUUGGAGAAGCCGAGGUUUGACCAUUAGACGACUCAGGAUCUAAACUUAAGUCCUUGAAACCUUGGAGUUCAUUGUAUAACUCGAGAUCAUUCAUACUCUUUUGUGUCUUGAGUUGAUUCAUUACGCGUUGAGCUCUAAUGAUCUUGCCGGACGGGCCCCCGAGUUUACUUAGGUCCGUCUUCAUUAUUGACCCAUGCCUUGAUAUGCUAGAGUUUGGAGCUAAUUUCUGUUUUAAUGGAUAUCAAUUUCAAUCAAGGCCUAGUUGUGAAAUUGGCAAUAUUACUAAGUGCAAUAAAUACAUAGUAACUAACAAAAUUAUCUAAUUAUAACUCAAAACUGGUUGGAGUUGCCGGAAAAAAGAAUGUAAAAAUGUAUGAAGGUGCAUUUUGUUAACUAAAUAAAAAGUUUUAGUUUUCCUCGUAAAGUCGUAUACCAAUUAUACCCUUACAUUCUACGUACUUUUAACGAACACUAACUAAACCUUACCUUGACAUGUCUUCUCGGGGGAAAGCUUUCCGAAUUGGUCAGUGAAGCUUGUCUGAUCAGCUUCCCCAUUGAAAAAUCACUCUCCUCGUCUUGAAUCUCUUCGUUUUUCUGGUCAACUUUCGUGUUUCCUGGAUUUUGAUCUUCUGUCUGCGUGCGAGGUGACAGUGACGGUGCCCGAAUCAAAUUCGACGGCCAGGAUUCGUCAUCCGGAAGCUUCUCGAUCGAUUUAAAAGCCUCCUCGUGCGAUUUUUCGGACAUGAUUGUGGGGAGAAAAAUGUUGGUAAAUUACCAGAAAUGUUGUACUAGUUUAUCAGGCUCAGGCUUUUCUCAACUGUCAUCUUUACGGGGGCAAAGAAAGGGUUUUAAAGGUUCGUGAAAAGUAUGAACCAUAGUAACUUCAUGAGACUUUUCUUUUCUUUUUAUCUUUUUUCUUUUCUUUUUUCACGAGAAAGUAGAGGUGAAGAGUUUAUUUGUAUAUUUAUUAUUUAUAAAAACCUAUCUUGUUGGUUCUUCCUUUUUCCAACCUUAACCAUGAAAGUCAAUCCUCAAUUACCUCUUUUGUCUAUCACUGAAUUUCACUUUUGUAUAUUUUGAUAUUUUUAUUGGCACAGUAUUGCAAUAGGCUACCCCACCUAUUUUUUUUAAAACAAAUGGAUAUUUAAACUUCGACUGUUAAAAUUCAUUUUAUCAACAUUCAUUAUAUAUGAAAUAUAGUGAAUGUUGAUUUUAAGAUUUAGGUAAUGUUUGAGAUAAUGAUCAUGUCUGUCAUACCUACAUUGGUUGGUCUUGUGUUAGGCCAUUACUCUUUACAAAUAUACAUACAUUUAUUAAGAAAUAUCAUAUUAUUAAAAGAAAUAUCAUAUUAUUAAAAACAACAUAAACAGAAAAAUGAUAUUUGAUAAAAUAUAUAUUAAAAUAGUAUGAUGAACCAAAUGCACCUAGCCAGAUCGACUGUCUCACACACAAAAUGCUUAAAAGAGAUAUUUGUGUUAUAUAUUUGGUCAAGUUAAUUUAUUGACACGUGGAUUCUCUUUUUCCUUACCUUUCUCGUCUCCACCCCAAUACUUAUCCUCUCACUAGUUGCAACUUACAGAACACAAGAUAAAGAUAACGGAGAGUAUGGCUAUGUUCGGUCAACCUACCUAAGUUUACUUAAGUUUUUAAGUGAAUUUCGAGCUUAU